UGAACCAGCCUUGAUUGACGGUAGGUGUUUUAUAAAGUACGUUUUGAGCACACUCGGAUUUCCCUAUAACACUCAAAACUGUUUGUAUGGCUAUAAUAAUGGGCCAGGAUUUCCUGUUGUUUUUCCCGCAUUAACUGAAAAUCAGUACAAACGUCCUUAAUUAACGUAAAAAAAUUUCAGCGGAAAAUGGGUGAUGCUUUAACCGGGAAACAGCCCAAACAUCAUCUCCAUAAAGAUGGCAAGAUCCCAGUUGCCGAAGUAGCCGUCCAGACGCGGAAGUCAUCAAAGGGUCAAAUGACGAGUUUAUCUGAGCCCAGCGACGCUAAGGACAAACAACGAGCGAAGGGCGUGUCCAUUGUGAAGCAGCCCAAUUUCUACACCGACCGGAGAAUAACCGCAGCUGAGUUUCAGCGGCGACACACCUGGCUCCAAAAGACAAGAAUCAGUGUUUCUCAAUCGAAGAAUCGCUGCCGGAUAACCAACGAGGUCAAGUUUCCGGAAACCUUCAACGGCCUUUACAGCGCACGGUUCUCUCCCAACGGGGAAGUCUUUGCGGCGUCAUUUGGCACCGGUGGUAUCCAGGUCCGAAAUGGUGACACUGGUGAUCUUAAAGCGACACUUCGUAGCAGUAUGGAGUCAUCAUUCCCCGUGAUGUGUUGUCGAUUUAAUCCGUCGCGAACAGAAAUAUUUUACGCGUCCAGUGCCUGCGGCAAUAUAUUUACCUGCACUACUAACACCUACGAGUUCUCUCGAUUUAUCGUAGAACCAAAGAACGAGAUAAACACAAUUGACGUGAAUAUUACCGGUGAACACUUAGUAUCAGCUGGUAAGGAUGCCGCGAUAAGACUAUACGACAUCGAAACAGCAAAGAUGAUAUCGAACUACAGAAAAAAUGCGGCGGACGUGGUAGAGGACAAGGUGAACAAGUAUCACAGAAUGAGAGUAUUUGCUGUGAGGUUUCACCACGGGCAACAAAACGUAUUCAUCAGCGGUGGCUGGGACGACACUGUCAGGAUUUGGGACACCAGAGCAACCCUGGGAUCUGUUAGGGUCAUAAAAGGACCUCAUAUCUGCGGAGAUGCCAUAGAUGUCAGAGAUUCUAGGAUACUAACUGGCUCCUGGGUCGUCAGCGGCAGUCUUCAGCUUUGGGAUAUGACGAGCGGCAAGCUAAUAGAGACGAUCAGUCCCCAAAACCGACCGACAACACUUGACGGCGAGUUUCUCUACGCGGUGCAAUUCUUCGACGGCGAUCCAUACGGCGACACUGUUUUAUGCGGUGGCUCCGGAACCAGUGCUGUGGAAGUUAUCAGCCUUAAAGAUAAAAAAGUAAUGGGAUCCUUUCAUGUAAAUAAAGCAAUCGUAGCCUUGGACAGCAAUCGGUCGGCAAUUGUCUUCGGUGGCAUGGAAUCUGUGAUACGCCUUGCUGAUUACAGUUGAUCAGGAUAAAUGAUAUUUUGACCCGCAUAGUAAAUGUAUUUCAUUAAGUAUUUGGCACGAAAGUUGGUGCUCUCUUUUUAUAAUAAAUUACCAU